UUGCUCCAAUCUUGCCCUGUGCCAACCAACAAGAAGACAACACAUCGAAGAUGAGUGCUGACCAAUCAUCAAACCAAGGCGGGCUCGAACCUGUUCGACCUGAAACGUACACCUUCCACGCCAUCCCCGGCUCAGCCGACAAGAACGCCAAGGUUGCGGUCCAUCAGAUUCCUACCGGAGAACUCACUGCUCCCGCGGGAAUCCUCGCAGAUGUACAUGGAUCCAAGGAUGAUCUUACGGUUCCAGCGUACUCCUAUCUUAUCGAGAAAGAUGGGCAGGCUUACUUAUGGGACCUUGGUCUGAUGGAGGUCCGUUCAUUGUUACCCCUAUCUCGUCGCAUUCGCGAUGUCAUGUUGACAAAACUGUUUAAAGCCAAUCCCGGUCCUGGCCCGAUCAAGAGACUCAGGGAGGGUGGUUACGAUACAGGCAAGAUCAAGGAAGUGAUCCUGAGCCAUCAGCACUUCGAUCAUUUCGGGGAUUUGGAUACGCUGGCCUCAGGAGUCAAAGUAGUCCUCGGCCCGGGUUCCCUAGCGUCAAUCGGCCCCGGAUAUCCUGAAGACCCCGAUGGGUCGUGGCCGAAGAAGUGGCUUGACGAGAAGCAACUUGAAGAGCUGCCCCCUGUGGAUGUGGGAUCGAGUGCGCCGUCUAUCAGGGGCAAGUGGCAGCAGGUUGCGUGCUUUGAACACGCGCUGGAUUAUUUCGGUGACGGCAGCCUCUGGCUAGCUAUCAAUGAGGGGGCAAGUCAUUGUCGCGGACAUCUGAACGCUCUGGCGAGGGUGACCACGGAUCCCGAUACCUAUCUGGUUCUCGCUGGUGACACGGCGCAUCACCAAUCGCUUUACCUCCCGGUACCUGCACCUGGAGAAGUGGACCGUCGGACCAGGAUUCCGUUCUUCGAGAUGCCGAAUACCAACGGAUCACGCAUCAGUAUGCACGAGAAUCCCACCGAAGCCUACGUGUCGAUUGGAAGAUUAAGCCGCAUGUCGAUGGAGGAGAACAUCAUGGUGCUUCUUGCCCACGAAGGACAGGUCAAAGGUGUGAUCCCCGACUGGCCCGAGUCGCUAGACAACUGGAAAGCGAAUGGAUUCAAGGAGAAGAAGGAGAACCCCCAUACCUAA